CUCGCUAUCUCAGAAGCGAGUGAUCCCAUAAAUCACCCAUAUUGGUGACAGUCUUAUAAAGUUCCAGCAACUCCCACUUCACUCCGCCUUUCUUCUACCUUUUCCUCUCUUCAUCUCUCAACGACCACAUCAACCCACCACGACUAUACACGCUUACUUCACCGCUACUCUCCAAUCAUCAACACCACCCUCAAUUUUCAAACCCCCCAAAACUCACUCAAAAUGACUGGAGGCAAAUCUGGAGGAAAGGCGUCUGGCUCCAAGAGCGCGCAAUCCCGUUCCUCUAAGGCCGGUCUCGCGUUCCCCGUCGGACGUGUCCACCGUCUCCUUCGCAAGGGAAACUACGCCCAGCGUGUUGGUGCUGGUGCCCCCGUCUACCUGGCUGCUGUCCUGGAGUACCUCGCUGCUGAGAUUCUUGAGUUGGCUGGUAACGCCGCUCGUGACAACAAGAAGACCCGUAUCAUCCCGCGUCAUCUGCAACUCGCCAUCCGCAACGAUGAGGAGUUGAACAAGCUUCUCGGACACGUCACAAUCGCACAAGGUGGUGUCCUACCAAAUAUCCACCAGAAGCUUCUCCCCAAGAAGACCGUCAAGGGCAAGGGUGCUGGAAGCCAAGAGUUGUAAACGGUUUUCUUCCUGGGUUUCUGCAAUGUUCUCGCUUUCAUGAUAAUGGGGUGUCGUCCGGGAUAUGGGCUCACGGCUGCUUUUUGCGUUUUUUUUUUUUAAGGUUGUACAAUAGGUCCAUGGCAAUGGGUCGGGAUUGAUUUUCAGAAUCAAUCUUAUGAAACUAUCAAUAUUUCAAAUGACUUUCUUCGUGACGUGAAAUAUCAAUUGCUUGCUUUCCCAAAAUCAUCCAGCGUUUAUUUAGACGCGUGAAUC